UGGGUGGCCAAAGGCAGUGGACCGAAGGCGUGGAGUCUGGAGAGCGGGCAGCAGUGGGGAGGCUGGUAGAAUGAAGAUCUAAACUAGACCCGCUUCCAGGAGCAGCCGAGGAGGCGGUCGGUGAAGACGCUCCUCUCAGGCUCUAGGGGGAGCCCCGCUUUGGCUGUGGGCCUCCGCCCCUCUCUCUCUCCGCUCGGUGCCCGCCUCCUCCAGUAUCUCCACUCCCCGCUACACAGGAAGAUCGCGGAGUGAGCGCUGCUUUCACUUUCCCUUCUGGGUGCCCACUCCUCGGUCCGCGUGCAGCGCUAGACCCCCCGCCCCGGCCAUGGCCACGCUCAGGGUCCAGCCUGAAGCCCAAGCCAAGGUGGACGUGUUCCGUGAAGAUCUGUGUUCUAAGACAGAGAACCUACUCGGGAGCUACUUCCCCAAGAAGAUCUCUGAGUUGGAUGCAUUUUUAAAGGAGCCAGUUCUCAAUGAAGCCAACCUGAACAACCUGAAAGCCCCCUUGGACAUCCCAGUGCCUGAUCCAGUCAAGGAGAAAGAGAAGGAGGAGAGGAAAAAACAACAGGAGAAGGAAGACAAGGAUGAAAAGAAGAAAGGGGAUGAUGAAGACAAAGGUCCUCCCUGUGGCCCUGUAAGCUGCAAUGAGAAGAUUGUGGACCUUCUGCGGCGCCUAAAGCCCGAGAUCAAGGAUGUCAUUGAGCAACUCAACCUGGUCACCACCUGGUUGCAGCUGCAGAUACCUCGUAUUGAGGAUGGCAACAAUUUUGGGGUGGCCGUGCAGGAGAAAGUGUUUGAGCUGAUGACCAGCCUUCACACCAAGCUGGAAGGUUUCCACACCCAGAUCUCCAAGUAUUUCUCUGAACGAGGUGAUGCCGUAGCCAAGGCAGCCAAACAGCCCCACGUGGGUGAUUAUCGGCAACUGGUGCAUGAGCUGGACGAGGCCGAGUACCGGGACAUCCGACUGAUGGUCAUGGAGAUCCGAAACGCUUAUGCGGUAUUAUAUGACAUCAUCCUGAAGAACUUUGAAAAACUCAAGAAGCCCAGGGGAGAAACAAAGGGAAUGAUCUAUUGAGAGCCACUUGCAUUCUGUGACGGUGCCAGCAGGAGACCUCCCCAUCUUUUAUAAGGGACUCCAGACACUCCCCCUCGUGGUCUCCCAUGCAUAAUAAAUACAGUAGGAUUGUCCAUUA